CAGUCCAGUUUCUCGAUUCCAGCUCAACGGAGCUAACACUGCCUUAGUUUUUUAUAAAAAAUACAAUUUUUUUUAAUUAUUUCUUUAUUUUUGUGCAUUGCAGUCGAUCUAAACAAUUUUCCCACUCGGUCGCGAUACUAAAUUGUUGCAUAUUAGUGCUCAGCAAUUCUCUGUAAUUUGUGCAAAUCCCAUCGAAGUUUAUCCAAAUUGCAACGCAAAAUGACUCGAUCGCAGUUGGUCUCCGGUGUGCGCCGAUCCUUGGGAUUCUUCAGGUGCCAAAGGUCCCGCAUUUUUGUCAGUGGGCCACGCUUUCAGCAGGUGAGGUUCAAAAGCGAGGAUGGCUCCUGCAACACGACGAACCUGCAGGGCGUGGUGGUUGGCCUUUACGCCAAGGAUGGCGAGAAGGGCAUUAAAUUAUCGCCAGGAGGCGAGAAGUUCGAUGAUCGCGUGGGCGGCAAGAUCACGGAGCUGAUCAAGGAAUCUGGACUCAGCGGGGAGCUGGGAGUGGGUCGCAUCUUCCAGAACUUGGACAAGGAAUACUGGGCAGUGGCGGUGGUUGGCUUGGGCAAGGAGGGAGCCGGCUUCAAUGCCGAAGAGGUUCUCGACGAGGGAAUGGAGAACGUGAGGGUUUGCGCCGCCGUGGGAGCGCGGGCUCUCCAAAUGCAGGGAUGCACCACCUGCCACGUGGAUGGAAUGGAGUACCCGGAACAGGCGGCCGAGGGAGCUGCCAUGGCUGUGUGGCGCUACAAUGUGAACAAGAAGAAGUCCAACCGAUUGGCCAUUCCAAAGCUGGAGCUCUACGGAUCCACGGAUCAAGAUGCCUGGACAAGGGGUCUCUUCAAGGCCGAAUCGCAGAACUUGGCCCGCCGUUUGGCCGACACUCCGGCCAACCAAAUGACACCCUCGAUUUUCGCUCAGGCCACCGUGGACGCGCUUUGUCCAUGCGGCGUUUCCGUGGAAGUGCGAUCCAUGGAUUGGAUCGAGACCAUGAACCUCAACUCCUUUCUCAUGGUGGCGAAGGGUUCGUGCGAACCGCCGAUCAUUCUGGAGGUCAGCUAUUGCGGCACCUCGCCGGAGGAGCGACCCAUCCUGAUGCUCGGCAAGGGGCUGACCUUCAACAGCGGUGGACUGUGUCUGAUGCCCAAAACCGGAAUGGACGAGUAUCGUGGAGCGGUUUCCGGUGCCGCAGUUUGCGUGGCUGCCAUUCGAGCAGCGGCUGCUCUUUCGCUUCCCAUAAAUGUUUCGGCAGUGCUGCCUCUUUGCGAGAAUAUGCCCUCCGGAAUGGCCACGAAACCAGGGGAUGUUGUCACCCUACUCAAUGGACGGACCAUGCGCAUCAAGGAUAUCUCCCUGGCCGGAACUGUCCUCUUAGCUGAUCCCCUCCUCUAUGCGCAAUCCACUUUUAAGCCCAAGUUGGUUGUGGAGGUGGGUUCGAUGGCCAGUGGAAUUCGGAAGGGACUGGGAGCCUCGGCCACCGGCUUGUGGACCAAUAACUCCUUCCUGUGGAAGAACUUCCAGAAGGCGGGAGCUCUCACCGGCGAUCGGCUGUGGCGCAUGCCCCUGUGGAAGUACUUCCGCAACCUAGUUGCCCCAACGUCCGCUUAUGAUAUUUGCAACAGGGGCAUUGGACACGCCUCCUCCUGUCUGGCAGCUGCUGUGCUAUUCGAACUGGUUCCCUGCUCCGAUUGGGUCCAUUUGGACACCCAUGGCACCGGAAUGCUGGCCCAGCAUGGAGUGCCUCCGUAUUUGCUGAAGGAUUCGAUGACGGGACGUCCAACGCGGUCGAUCAUCCAGUUCCUCUACCAGAUGGCCUGCAAGUGAGGCUCCUGCAAUCAAAACUUGACGAGGGAUCCCCAAGUGGGACUCCGAUACUUCAGUGUCUGUAAAUUCUGUGUCCCCAUGUGCUGCGUCACUUGUUGUUUAUUAUCCAUAGGACGUCCUCUGUUCAAAGAGGUUAAUUUGAUGUCAGAAUGGUGUUACAAGGUUAACAAAGUAUUCCGUGGUCAAUGGCGGUCAGUUGUAAAAUCUAAAAAAAAAUUCAGGUUGUCAAUGAAAAAUAAAUAAACAUUUAAAAUAAUUAA